AUGCCUCAAUAUACCGAAGAUCAGCUUCGUCAGGCUCUCGAGGACAUCUCAAACGGCAAGAGUCAAAAGAGAGCCUCAUUGGAGUAUGGGAUACCACGAUCAACCCUCCAACUACGUCUCCAAGGUGGUCAGACUAGGAAAGUGGCUUUUGCUGACUGGCAGAGGCUGUCUCCUGACCAGGAGAGUAAGCUGGCACAAUGGUUCUGGCUGCUGCUGGGGAUACCAAACCAUUAG